AGACAGAGAGAGAUUUAACAGCACCACAUCUUUUUAAUGUCUCUGUGUGCAGACGUAGAAGGCCAUGACUUAACACAUGCUCUCACCCAUUUGAUUUUUAUCGAUCGAGCUUAUCCUUUCACUUGAACCUUUGCAUUACAAUAAGCCUUCCUGAUUGAGUAUCGUGUGUGUGUGUGUGUGUGUGUGGUGUGUGUGUGUGUGUAGGUUCUGGAUAAGCGACCAGAGUCUGUGGCGGUUCUAACUGAAGGAACGCGAGUGUGUGCAUAUUGGAGUGAACGCUCUCGCUGUCUGUAUCCAGGAUACGUCCACAGAGGAGGUCCUGGUGAGGAGGAGAAGGAAGGGAGUGUGAUGGUGGAGUUUGAUGAUGGAGACAGAGGCUGGAUCUCUCUUCAGAACGUCCGUGUCCUGCCUCCUGGAUAUCAGGUCCACUGUGCGGAGCCUUCUCCUGCCCUAUUGGUGUCUCCAGGGCGACAGUGUCGCCGGAGCAACACCCAGGAGCGGUCAAGUGCGCAGGCGGAGAGCACGUCAGACAGGCAGACCUGCAGGGACGCCAACAAGACCAUUGCAAAGGCCAGGCCAGGGAGACCAAAGUUGGUCCAUUCCGGAAUGAAAGCGUGCACUUCCGAGAGUGUGACGGGCAGCACCGCGCCUCUCCUCGGAUGGCCGGCCAUGGCCAUGUCCCGGAAGAGACCGCUGGACCUUUUCCACUUCAACGGCCUGCCCAAGAAGGCGCUGCGUGGUGGCCGGGAGUCUGACCUGUUCCCCCUGACGUCCGCGCCGAUGUCCAUGCCGACCAAGAGCAUCUUCAACUCCUCCUUCGAGGUGGACUCUUUCAGCAGCAUCGCCAAUGGUUACUCGUCGUUCGGGAGUCAGCAUCAGCACCACAGUCAAAACCACCACCACCACCACCACCACCACCAGCAUCCGCACCACCCACACCCACAUCAUCCCAAUCCCCAUCCUCAGCAGCAGCAGCAGCAACAGCAAGGGUCCAUUUUGCCCCUGGGUCAUCUCAAGAGCAGCCCCUACAGCCGGGGCCGCAAACCGGGCGACAGGAAGGAGUUCCUGGUCAAGCUGGACCACGAGGGGGUGACGUCCCCCAAGACCAAGAACGGCAAGGCGCUGCAGCUUCUCGGGGGACACGAGUCGGCCGGCUCCCGGCUGGAGAGAGGCUUCGGGGGCAAAGGCCUAAGCGACGUCCACCACCACGUGGGGUACGCCCACCCGGCGCUGCUGGCCAAGAACAGCAAGAAGGGCAGUAGUGGAGGCGGUGGAGGAGGUGGUGCUGGUGGUAGCCGGACAGAGCUGUUGAUGAUGAAAGGCGCGUCCCAUACCAGGAAGCCCCACAUGGGGCUGGGUGAGUUUGCCGAGUACGGUGGGGCCGGCAGCGCUGCCCACAACUGCCACAGCGACUGCUCCUACUCGGACCUGGACGAGGAGGACGAGGAGGCGGCGGAGGUGGUGCGGAGGAGGGCGGCGGCGCUGGCGGCAGCCCGCGGGGAGCUGCGUUCGGCCGGACGCUUCCUCUCGCGCCUCUCCGUCUCCUCCUCGUCCUCGGGCUCCUCGUCGUCGUCCAGCUCGGGAUCGCUGUCCAGCUCCAGCCUCUGCUCCUCGGACAACGACUCGUCCUACAGCUCCGAUGAGGAGGAAGCGUCCAGGCUGAUGCUCCAGGGUUGCCUGUCAUCCCGGCACCCUCUGCUCCAACAACAACAGCAACAACAACAACAACAGCAACAGCAGCCACAACAGCCGCAGCAGCCUCUAGACCAGGCCUCUGCUCCGGCUAGACACGGCGGCUUCAGCUCCAAGGCCAUGGCAACAUCGGGGUCCAAGCCUUCAGCCAACAACGGUGCGGCAAAGCCACCCCGAAGGAAAGAGACCCCCAGCACUCCCACCAUCUCACCGUCUCCUGCCAAAGCCACCAAAGAGCCGCCCAAGCGCCAGAAAGUGGCGUCCUCAUCGCCGGACAACUCCCCAGUCACCUCCCCUUUCAUGCCCGGCAGACAGCUGUGGAAGUGGUCCGGAAACCCGACUCAGAGGAGAGGUAUGAAAGGAAAGGCCCGGAAGCUUUUCUACAAGGCCAUUGUGCGAGGCAAAGACAUGAUCCGCGUCAGCGACUGCGCCGUGUUCCUCUCACCUGGGCGGCCUCACCUGCCGUACGUGGGCCGCAUCGAGAGCAUGUGGGAGUCGUGGGCUGGGAACAUGGUGGUGAAGGUGAAGUGGUUCUACCACCCCGAGGAGACCAAGCUGGGCAAGAGGCACCGCGACGGCAAGCAUGCCUUGUACCAGUCGUGCCACGAAGACGAAAACGACGUCCAGACCAUCUCCCACAAGUGCCAGGUGGUCAGCCGCGAUGAAUAUGAACGUCUCAGCCGCUCCAGGAAGCCCAAUAGCCACAGCCAGGACCUGUACUACCUGGCUGGGACCUAUGACCCCACCACGGGCCAACUAGUGACCGCCGACGGUGUGUCAAUCAUCUGCUAGAGGUCACAGAAGGAGACCCCUUUGGGAAUUACUACUGAAAGAGUGACGGAUACCACCCACCCACCUCCCCC